UCUCGGACCCAAACUUCCCUCGGAGUUAUGUUCCGAUGAAAAGAUAAUGACCCUCACGUCAAUGUUUUUUCUAUGAGUUGGCACCUGCAUUUUUAGCUGGAGUUUGUGGUACAUGGCGGCAUUUGCAACAUCUUGCUCAGAUAGAGGUUAUUUUUGUUGGAUUUGGAAGACCACUGGCAAAUGCAAAAGGACUUCCGACUAUGCUGUGUACCAAUGCCAAAAGACAUGCAACUUUUGUCCUGUUCCGACAGAGGCGCCGAAACCUACGGAUAUACCACCAACAUUUACAACAACUGACCAGCCUUCGGAGUGCCAUCUCGAAAAACUUCUACCCAUCAGCAGAGAACGUGUUCGGGACAAACAGCUACAGGGUCACGUGAUUUACCACCAGUCUGUUGUAUCAGAAAUUCAAUGCGAGGAUCUUUGCCUUCGGAUUCCCAGAUGUUUGGCUUAUAAUUAUCAGUAUUCUGGAAAGCAUGACGAGAAUGAGAGGGCCUGUGAACUGAUGAACAGUGUGGUAGAUGUAAAGAGCAGCGUUGGUUUCAGCUUCCGACUGUUCGAGCGCAAUAGAGCCAAUAAGUAUUUAUUCAGCAAUUGCCUUGGUGAUACGUGAAACCUUCUAAUCUGAUAAUGGGCGACCAAUUCAAGACUGAACAACACUUUCCUCUUUGUGGAUUAAGGAGAAAACCCAUCGUGUAUACUUACUACUCUUCUCUCACUUCAGUAGCAAACACACACAUCCUACUGUCUCCGGGCGUGAUACUUGGAAUAUCAAGGGAAAGAAUCUAACAUUUCUAACCAAUAGCUGCACUGUCAUCUGCGUUUAAAGCGCAGUUGAGGGCAUACAGCGGAGACAAAAGACCUUUCAAUUGCUUAUCAAAACUUAGUAUGUCCCUCCAGCUUAUUACCUAGUAUGCGCAGACUGUCAGUUUUAACCCUUUAACUCCCAAGAUCUCACUAGUAAUUCACCUAAACUACUAUCUGCCAUAUAGUUCUUGUGAU